GACGCAAGGGGGCCACUGGGGCUACGAGCUCUAUUCUGUUCCCCAGAGCCUCUCAUAGAUCUGAUAUUCGUUCAUGGUCUUCGCGGAGGCUCUAUGAAGACGUGGCGGGACGGAAGCGAUCCUCAGCUUUUCUGGCCUCAGUGCUGGCUGCCGCUGGAACCAGAGUUCCACAACGCGAACAUCCACACUUUUGGGUACGAUAGCGACUGGGGAAGUCUUAAGCCUAGUAUCCUGAAUGUGCAUGACUUUGGACGGUCACUAUAUGAAGAGAUGCGGUCAUCCCCACUUCUAAGGCAGAACCCUAAGAGUCCAAUAAUUCUCAUCGGUCACUCCAUGGGUGGGCUUGUGAUAAAGAAGGCAUACACUCUGGUUCAUCAAGACGACGCGCAUUCCAAUAUCUCGGAACGUAUCAGGUGUAUAUUUUUCCUAGCAACUCCGCAUCGAGGAUCUGAUUAUGCCGCUAUUCUGAAUGGAGUUCUGAAAGUUGCUGGUAUUACCGGAAUGGCUUCAACUCGAGAGUAUGUCAAGGAUUUGACAUCGGGGUCGACUUCGACCCAUCUCAUCAAUGAUGACUUUGGAAAGUGCGCUCGCGAUCUGGCUAUCUACUCAUUUUACGAAACCUUGCCAAUGAGCUUUGGUUCAGGACUGGUCGUGGAUAAGGGCUCAGCUAUUCUAGGUAUAAAUCCUCGGAAUGAACGGGUCCAGUACCUACAUGCCAAUCACCGAGAGAUUUGCAAAUUCAGAAGCAUAGAAGACUCAAACUACAUCACGUUACGGAAUGCUCUUGCGACAGCAGUUCACGACUUGCUUUCAGACGCCUAUUCACAUAAAGAACACGAGUCAAAGGAGCAGAUGCGAAAGAUCCAGGAUCUUCUCGCGAUGGCACAUAUGCCUGAAGAGCACCAUGACAAGAUGGAGGGCUCAUGCCAAUGGGUAGAAGAGCGAAACGAUUUUCAAAAAUGGUUGGCGUCAGAGAAGGAUGCCGAUCUGGUUCGACCCUACUUUCCGUCCUACUUUUGGGUUCAGGCAAGUCCGGGUGCGGGCAAAACCGUGCUUGCCGCACACGUGACAUCCCGACUGAAAGAAUCGCGGUUACCUCACGCGUCUUACUAUUUUCACUUCGGCAAGAAGGAAGGCCAGUCGCUAACCGGGUUUCUGCGAUCCGUUGCUUACCAGAUGGCCAAUGGUAACGCUGCGAUACGCGAGAGACUGGCCCAGGUGUAUGAUGAGGGAGCUUCUUUUGAUCGCGACAACCCGCGUGCACUUUGGUCGAGGGCUUUCACCGCUGCGAUCUUUCAGGUAUCAACAUUCGCACCACAGUACUGGGUAAUAGAUGCAGUCGAUGAGUGCCUCAAAUACCCCGAGCUGUUCACGCUCCUGAAAGGCACACAAACGAAAUUCCCGUUACGGAUCUUCAUCACCAGCAGAAAGCUUCCGGACAUGCCACGACUAGUACGGCAACUCGAGGGAUGCGACACGUCAAUUGUGCAGAUACCCGUGCAAGAUACAAUGAAAGACAUCGAGCUCUACGUUCGCGGUCGGAUAUUGGAUCUCCCGAUCGAUGGAGAAGACGAAAAAGAAGAGCUCGCUAGAGAGAUCCUGAGAAAAUCAACCGCCUCGUUCCUCUGGGUGCGGCUUGUCAUGGAUGAGCUUGAGGGAGUAUACGGAUACGAGAGCAUCCUGCAAGUCCUUCAAGGUAUUCCGGAAGGCAUGGUCUCCUACUAUGAACGGGCAGUCGCUGAAAUGGCUGAGAAGAAGAGGGAACAUCACAUCGCAAAAGCAAUAUUGCUUUGGGUUAUGCUAGCCGCCCGACCCCUAUCCAUCACCGAGCUUUCGCACGCACUGGAACUGGAUAUCAGCGUCCAUCUGCCUAGCGCUAAAUCAGCCAUCGAAGGCCUAUGUGGGCAGCUAAUCUCGGUCGACUUCCACACAGGAACAGUAGCCCCGGUACAUGCAACGGCGAGAGAGUUUCUCCAUUCAGAGGAAGCAGGCGAGUUCCAAAUAUCGAAGUCGAAGAGCCAUGAGCGGAUAGCAUUGGCCUGCCUCCGCCUACUCUCCGGACCUGAAAUGCAGCCCCCCAGGCAUAGACGCUUGAUCGGUCAGAAGUGUUCCAAGCAAGCAACAUCCCUGCUGCUGGGGUACGCCGUGACUCAGUUUUCGGAGCACGUCUUCGGGGCUUCUGCAGAGAGUGACCAGCUUCUCGUGGAACUGAACAAAUUUCUGACCACCAAUAUCCUUACCUGGAUUGAAAAGGUGGUAGCCAAGAAAGAUCUUCAGCGGCUGAUUCGAACGGCGAAGAACCUGAAGGGAUAUCUGGAUCGAAGAGCAAAGUAUCGUUCACCCUUGAAUCGCCACGUUACUACCAUCGACAACUGGACAGUAGACCUCAGCAGAGUCGCUUCCAAGUUUGGCCGUGCCCUCAUUUCUGAUCCUCAGUCAAUAUAUUUUCUGGUACCGCCGCUGUGUCCCACGCAAUCCGCGAUCUACCGACAAUUCGGCCAUUCUCCAGACGGAUUGAGGCUCUCAGGAUCUCACAAUCUGGAUUGGGAGGACUGCAUUGCAUAUAUCCCUUUUGAAGAUGAGGCAGGCGCGGCUAUCAGCUGUGGCAGUAACUUUAUUGCCGUUGGCUUUGAGUCUGGCCAGGUUUGUCUGUAUAACCACCGCAGCUACCAGAAGGAGCGAGUCUUUCAUCAGAAGUUUUCCGUUGACUUGAUCCACUUCGAUCCUCUUGGAUCCUUCCUGGCCACAUGCAGCCGGAAAUUUGUUAUGGUAUGGGAUCUCAACGGCGACUUGCGCUGGGAGAAAAGAAUCCGGAGCAGGUGCAUCCUUCUUGCCUCUUGUCAAUCUUUCUUGAUUGCGAUAACACAACAAGGAUGCGCUCUCCACUGGGAUAUCACGACAGGGGAACUUUUGGAGAAGCAAACGUUCGCGUACCAGGACCCCGGCUCAUCCCCUGGCGGUGGGCUCAGCGAAGUGAAAGCGCCUGCUCAAGCCUCUAUAUCGCCGCAGAUGGACCUGAUAGCUCUUGCAUAUCGGAAUAGCCCAACCUGCAUCUUCGAGCUCGGAAGUGGGAGCCUUAUUGCGUGGGCCACAGAUGAGAACAGCCGCGCCGCCGAACAAUUGGCGUUCAAUCCUAACCCCGAUGUCAGUCUCUUGCUCGUAGCAUAUAACGAAUCACAUCUUGCCCUGUACGACUCCUGGUCCGGUACACUCGUAGAAAGCCAAGAGGCAGAACAGGCGGUGAUCUGCACUUCUCUAACAUGCUCUUCCGAUGGACGUACCUUCGCCACAAUGGACAUUCUCGGCUAUUUACGUAUCUGGGACUUCGAAUCGUUAUCGUUACUCUACCAGGUCUUGACGCCCAAUCAUUCCUUCAACCUCUUGGACUUUACCUCGAAUGGAUUCAGUCUCGUCAGCCUCGUUGAACAUGAGAUGAGAAUAUGGGCACCGUCGGCACUAGUCAGGAAGACGAUCGAGGAAGAAUUUAGCACAAGCGACCAAGCAGCGGUCCUCCCGGUGACCGAGGGUCAGUUCGAGACAUUCCAAUCAUCAAAGAUCAACACCGUUGUUGCUCACCCAAAAGUUUCGGCAGUAUUCAGCGGGACCUAUAACGGGGACAUAUCGAUGUACCAUUCUAAGAACGGGUACCAGCCUUCUGUCGUUUAUUCACAUCUGGACGCCAUUGUGAUGUGGAUUGCCAUAUCCGAAGGGGGUAUCAUCGCUUCCGCCGACCUUCAUGGUUUUCUUCAGGUACGACAGCUCGACGUGUCACAAGAGAGAGUAGGAAGCGCCGAGAAGGUUCUAUUCCAAAGCCACUUCCCUAUGGGGGUUCGUCAGCUCUUGUUUGACCAAUCCGGUUCAUAUCUCCUGGUAUCGAGCGGCGACGAAGAUUAUGUCUACAGUGCAGUUGACGGGUUCUUAGUUGGUUCUCUCGAUGUCCCGCCUGAAUUCCGCAUGGCCCGGAAGUGGGCCAUUGCCCCUGAGUCGAUCUACGAACGCCAAUUCAUUCUCAUUUCCGACCAUCGCAUAUCGGUGUUCUACACCGAUAGGUUCCCAGAAAUGCCACCCCAUUCCAUUUCACUGUGCUACGAGUUAGAAGACGGGUACACGGAAGCCGGCAUAGAUGCCGUAGUUUAUGAACCCAUAACAGCAUCGCUCAUCCUAAGCGUCCGGCAACAGAAGGGGUUGUCGUCCAAAUCAUCGACAUUCAUAUUCGCAAUACCUACCUCGUACCCUACGGACAUGGAUACCAGGCUACAGCCAGUCUACACCCUGCCUUUCUCUGCGCAUAUCUUCGGAGUCACCCCGUCCAAGGCAACCGUUAGUUUCCUGCACCAGAACUCCUGGAUCUGCUCGGCCGUCCUUAAGAACCUUGCAGAGAAGCGCUACAUUCAGCAUUUCUUCGUUCCCGAUGAAUACAUCACCACGAGCAGUGAUGUUCUCCCCAUACAAACCGCUGAUGGCGACUUCGUGUUCUGUCUCCACGAGAGACUCGUCGUUGUCAGGAACGGAUUGAAGUUCCAGGAAGUGAAGCACUUUCCGAACAUAUAGCGAAAACAUUAGACUGUGAUAGAUGCGCGAACCAACUUGAUGAGUUCAACUUGGCAUUCUGCGGAUCGGCGUCGGGGAGAUGGGGUCUUACAGAGCGCUCACCCACAUAUCCGCGCGGCAUUACGGAUAGCGGGAAUACAAUAUAUCUUGAAUGGGAAUACUUCC